UUAAUGGAGAAUCUUAUUUUAUCCUUUGCUCUUUCUAUCUUAUUAUUGAAUAGCUUUGCCCUCUCCUUGAAUUCACUCACAGAUAAACAUGCACUUAUUUCCUUCAAAAACUCCAUCACUUCCGACCCUUAUGAUAUCUUCAGCACCAAUUGGUCGCAAAACACAUCAGUCUGUAACUGGAUUGGUGUGUCGUGCGGCCUCAAACACCGUCGCGUCACUGCCCUCAAUCUCUCUGGCUACGACCUUAUUGGAACUGUUGCUCCACAUCUCGGAAAUCUAACGUUUCUAAGAUAUUUGGACAUCAGUUCCAACAGUUUCAUGGGGAUCUUACCCUUUGAGCUCUCUAAAUUACGUCGUUUGAAGGUGAUGAAUGUUGGAAUAAAUUCAUUCACCGGAGAAAUACCAACAUGGUUGGGCAGUUUACCUCAAUUGGAGGAACUUUAUCUCUAUAGUAACUCUUUCUUAGGUAAAAUUCCUUCAUCUUUGUUUAAAAGUUCCAAGCUCCAAAUAUUACACUUGCACAAUAAUAAAUUGAGUGGGUCCAUACCACAUGCUAUUUUCAACGUGUCUUCACUUAGUGAUAUUAGAAUUAGAAAUAAUAACCUAUCAGGUUGGCUCCCAAUUGAUAUGUGCAACAAUAUUCCCAACAUCGAAAUCUUGUUACUCUCUUGGAACCAAUUUGAAGGGCAAAUUCCGCCAAAUAUAAGGAAAUGCACACGUCUUGAGAUCUUGUCAUUAUCCCACAACAAUUUCAGUGGAAACAUACCACGUGAAAUUGGGAGAUUGAGCUUUCUUACAGAGUUGUACUUGGGGUACAAUAAUGGUUUUCGAGGAGGAGUUCCACCGGAAAUGGGGAAUCUUUCAAGGCUAGAGAUAUUAAAUAUUGAUAACGCUUCUCUAACGGGAACUAUUCCAUCUUCAGUCUUCAACAUGUCUUCCCUGACAAUCUCGAGCUUCUCGUACAAUAGUUUGUCUGGAAAUAUCCCAACUUUUCUCAAUCUUCCAGAGCUUGAAAAUUUAUAUCUUGACGAUAACAAAUUUACAGGUUUGCUCCCAAAGGACAUGUGCAACAACAUGCACAAAAUAAAAGUGCUUUUGCUCUCUUCAAACCAACUUGAAAGGCAGAUUCCGCCAAAUAUACGAAAAUGCACACAUCUUGAGACUUUGUCGUUAUCCUUCAACAAUUUCAGUGGAAACAUCCCACCUGAAAUUGGGAGAUUGAGCAUGCUUAAAAAAUUGUAUUUGGGUUACAAUAAUGGAUUUCGAGGAGGACUUCCACCUGAAUUGGGGAAUCUUUCAAGACUCGAGAUAUUAAACAUUGACCAAGCUUUUCUUACUGGAACUAUUCCAUCUUCAAUCUUAAACAUUUCUUCCUUGAAAAUCAUGAGCUUACCUUACAACAGUUUGUCAGGAAAUAUCCCAACUUUUCGUGAUCUGCCGGAACUUGAGCAGUUAUAUCUUAUUGGUAACAACUUUACAGGAGGAGUUCCAGAAGAAAUGGGGAAUCUUUCGAGACUAGAGAUAUUAAACAUUGAAGGCGCUUCUCUAACACGGGACAUUCCAUCAUCAAUCUUCAACAUGUCUUCCAUGACAAUCUUGAGUUUCGCGUACAAUAGUUUGUCAGGAAGUAUCCCAACUUUCCACAAUCUACCACGGCUUAAGGAGUUGCGUCUCAAUAACAACAAUUUCACAGGACCUAUUCCUCCAAAUAUCUGGAAAUGUAUAAAUCUUGAGUUCUUGAACUUAAACAACAACAAUCUCAGUGGCAAUAUUCCUCGUGCAAUUGGAAAUGCGAGCAUGCUUAGAGAGUUGUACUUGUCGUACAAUCAUUUCACAGGUGAAUUACCACAAGAGAUCGGAACUCUGCCAAUACUUGAGACUUUCACCGUGUUUAGAAAUUCAUUAUUUGGAUUCAUCCCAUAUUCCAUAUUCAACAUAUCAACAUUGAAGACUUUACAAGUGACAUUUAAUGAGUUUUGUGGUACUCUUCCGUCAGAUUUGGGGAAUAUACUAGUCAAUCUUGAAAAGCUUUUCUUAGCUUAUAACAGACUUAGUGGCCCAAUUCCAACCUCUAUUGCCAAUGCUUCUAAACUUACACACUUACAGUUGUCUGGCAACUCAUUUAGUGGCUCUAUACCCUACUUUGGCAAUUUGAAGUUCCUACAGUCACUUGUCCUUGGAGAAAAUAACUUGAGUGGAGUCGAAUCCCCAACACAUGAAUUGACAUUUCUGUCUUCAUUAAGUAACUGUCAAUAUUUGCAGUUAUUGGAUGUAUCAUUCAAUCCGUUGAAUGGCAUCCUACCCCCUUCACUUGGGAAUUUGUCCUCAUCUCUUGAGAAUAUAGAUGCAUCAAACUGCAGCAUCAUGGGUGUCAUUCCUUAUGAAAUAGGCAACUUAAGCAGUUUACUAUUUCUCAGAUUGUCUAGAAAUCAUUUGAGUGGACUCAUUCCACCAACAAUUGGGAAAAUGAAGCAACUCCAAGGACUACAUCUUAGUGGCAAUCAAUUGGUAGGGUCUAUCCCCAACGAUCUUUGUCGAAUGAAUCAUUUGGGGGACUUGUUCCUUGAUGAUAACAUGCUUGUGGGUCCAAUACUUGAAUGCUUAGGUGAUGUUAAAUCCUUGAGAGUCAUCAACUUAGGCUCCAACCAAUUGAAUUCAUCUGUCCCUCCCAACUUUUGGAAUCUGUCAGACCUUGUGAGUUUGAGAUUGUCCUCCAAUUAUUUGAGUGGCCAGUUGUCAUCUCAGCUUGGGAAUUUUAAGUUAAUCACUUAUUUGGAUAUGUCUUCAAAUCAAUUUUCUGGUGAUAUUCCCUCAUUAAUCGAUGGUUGCCAAACAUUAAGUUUUCUUAACCUAUCAAAUAAUAUGAUUAGUGGAUCGAUUCCUCAAUCCUUGGGAAAGGUUAAAGGUUUGAUAACAUUGGAUUUAUCUUACAAUAAUCUCUCUGGAUCAAUACCCAAGUCCUUAGAAGACCUCCGCUUCCUUGAAAAUUUUAAUGUUUCAAACAAUAGAUUGGAGGGGAGGAUUCCAGAUGGUGGUCCUUUUCGUAGCUUUAGAGGUCCAUCUUUUUCCCACAACUUAGCUCUAUGUGGUCCAAUAACAUUUCAAGUUCAAGCCUGCCCAGAAAAUCAUCAUAGAUCAUGGUUCAAGAAACUCGUUGUGCCAUCAGUGAUUUUAGCUGUCAUUGUGGUGAUUGCAAUGCUUGCUCUCGUAAAGAUGUGUAAACGGAAAAGAGUAGCCCUAUCAGUUGAUAUUUCACCACAAGUUACCGAAUGCAGAAGAAUUUCUUACAUAGAACUUGAACGAGGAACAAGUUCAUUUAGUGAAACAAACCUACUUGGAAGAGGUAGCUUCGGUUCUGUAUUCGAAGGAACCCUUUCUGAUGGGUUGAAAGUUGCAGUUAAAGUGUUCAACUUGGAGCUACAAGGAGCAAUAAGGAGCUUUGAUGUUGAAACUACAAUAUUGAGCAGCAUACGACACAGAAAUUUAGUUCGAGUUAUCGGAUGUUGUUGUAAUUUGGACUUUAAAGCAUUGAUUCUCACAUACAUGCCAAAUGGGAGCUUGGAUAAAUGGUUACAUUCAGACAUGUAUAGUCUAGAUCUUAAACAGAGGUUGAAAAUAGCAAUAGAUGUUGCGGCCGCCUUGGAAUAUCUUCACCAUGGCCAUACAUUCCCGGUUGUUCAUUGUGAUAUAAAGCCAAGCAAUGUGUUGCUUGAUCAAGACAUGGUUGCCCAUCUUGCUGAUUUUGGUAUUUCUAAGCUUUUUGAUGGAGGGGAAACCGUAAUCCAAACACAAACAAUUGCAACCAUCGGUUACGCAGCACCAGAGCUUGGAUUGGAGGGCAAAGUGUCAAUAAAUGGAGAUGUAUAUAGUUUUGGAAUACUGGUGCUGGAGAUGUUCACUGGAACGAAGCCAACGGAUGAUAUGUUCGGUGAAGAAAGGAGUUUGAAAGAGUGGGUAAGUGAAGCAUUGGAGCAAAAUGCAGCAGCUGAAGUGGUGGCGCCUAAUUUGUUAUCAAUAGAAGAUCAACAUUUUUCAGCAAAGGAGCAAUGUUUCUUUUCCAUAUUUGAAUUGGCAAUUAAAUGUUUAGCCGUUUCAACAGAUGAGAGAAUCAACAUGAUUGAAGCAGCUGCUGCUCUGCACAAGAUUUAUGCAAGAAUCGUAGCUAGUACUUGCAGGCAUCGUCCACAAAAAAAAUUUCAUGUUAGUAUUCACAAUAAUGUGGUUUGAUUCCCAUUUAACCAUAAUUCAGUAUUUGUAAAUUUAUGUAAUAACGUAGCUUACAAUGUUUUGCAAAAAUUUUCAUUGUGAUUUUGGAA